GCUUUGGGGGUCCCCACUUCCCAUUGUUCUUCGGCUUCCAGCAGCGCUCGGAACUUGGGCACGCCGGAUCGUGAGAUUGACCCUCACACAAUGCCAUACCAUCAUUCCAGACGUUAUCCUCGGGGUAGAGCCCCUAACCUUCAAAAUCAGCUCUCAUCCCACACGCAACGCUUUCCAGAAGCCGUGUGAAUGAUGGCCGCCCACGGGAGCGCGCAAUCGAUGGUUGAAGAACGCAGAGGUCUCAUCUCCGACCCUGAAAAUGCUGAGGAUGCAGCUUCAAUUAUCUCCAGGGAUGAAGAUCAUCCACAGAAUCAAAUAUCAACCAGAAUAACCCAUCGCCUCUACAUAUCCCACUUCCUAUCAACAUGGAAUUCCCGCGUAUUCGAAUUCGGAGCCGUUUUGUAUUUGGCCACAGUCUAUCCAGGGACGCUUCUUCCCCUGUCCGCAUACGCACUUUCUCGUGGAUUGGUGGCAAUCGUCUUUUCUUCGGCUGUGGGCUAUUAUAUCGACGUCGGUAACCGCUUGCAGGUCGUUCGAGUUUCAAUUGUGCUACAACGACUGGUCGUGGCUGCAUCGUGUGUAAUCUUUUAUAUACUUGCGAUUGGUCUUCCUAUGAGACGCGUAGUCAACGUGUUUUUGCUGGCAACCCUAACCUUUUUGGCCUGUAUUGAAAAGCUAUGUUCUAUUUUGAACAUGGUUUCCGUGGAGAAAGACUGGGUCGUAGUCGUUGCCGGAACCGACCACGCAGGCUUAAUGAGGAUGAACGCCCAAAUGCGACGGAUUGACUUGGCUUGCAAGCUACUCGGACCUCUAUUCAUAGCUCUCGUUGACGGUAUAUCCUCUGAAACUGCCAUCAUUGUCAACUUCGGAAUGAAUAUCUCUUCUGUUGUGGUGGAGUAUUACUCAAUCGCCAUUGUCUACGAAGAAGUGCCUGAGCUGCAGGAAGCCAAAAAAUCUCCCCCCAGAGCCCGAGGUGAAGAGUCUGUACAGCAAGGCUUCCUUUUGAAUAUUGGUGGAUCUGUGCGCCAAGGUGUACGACAGGCUCUGAAAGACUCUGAUUUCUAUUUUCGACACCGAGUUUUUCUCCCAUCUUUUGCCGGCGCGCUGCUGUAUUUGACAGUCUUAUCGUUUUCGGGACAAAUGGUUACUUGGCUCCUCUCGACAGGCUAUGAUUCGACACAAGUCGCUGUUGCAAGAACUUUGGCAGUCGCGUUUGAGGUUCUAGCCACUUGGGUCGCUCCCUGGCUGAUGGAAAGGAUAGGGCCCACACGUGCCGGUCUUUGGUUGGCAAGUUGGCAGAUUACUUGUUUGACCGGCGGCUUUGCUAUCUUCUUGCGCUUCACCAGCCAGCCUUUUCUCUCUGCAUCUGGUCUCGUCGGCGGCGUAAUUCUCAGCAGGUUAGGCUUGCGAGGAUUUGAUCUCUGUGCGCAAAUCUUGGUUCAAGAGGACAUUGAAGCAGAGGCACGAGGCUCCUUCUCCUCGACUGAAGCGGCGUGGCAGAACCUAUUUGAGAUCUGCUCCUAUAUCUCCACCAUGAUCUUCUCGCGUCCGGAUCAGUUUAGAUAUCCAGCCCUCAUCAGUGUGAUUGCUGUCGCCCUUGCAGGUCUUCUGUACGCAAUGUUCGUACGGAUACAGAGGGGGCAUUUGUUGCACCUGCCGAGUUGUUUUGCCCAUGACCACCUGCUUCAUUCUGGACAACGAGCUCUGGACAGAUUAUCUUCCUUUUCCGAUAUCUAGUUCUUUUUUGAGGGAAUUCAAAGCAACCUCGUUGCCUCGAACAUGUCGGUCCAGAUUGAUAUCCCUUUUCAUCCCUGACUAGAUUGCUUUCUCUUUCUGUAAAUCCGGCACAACUUGAUCGAGUCGCGUAUCUAUUCAAUGACUGCGAUCUUUGUACAGAAAUAUGAAUCUGGCAGAUGGAAACGCUGAGAUGGUUAUAUGGGAUGACCCGUGGCUGCCCUCAGGCUGGGGAGAGUCUGAAUUCUUCAUCAAGAAAUGGUCCUGGGUUAUCUAUGGGGUGUCCAGAGCCUAUACAGUCGAGCAACGUCUGGAGGGAAUGGAGGUCUCAACAGGCUUGGUCUAUUCAUUACUAGUUAAAACCUCCAUGUUUCGUUGGCAAAGCGGCAAGGGCGUGAGAAAACUCCGCUAGCUUAUGGUAAUGGCAUUCGUAUCUAGAAAUCUGUUCACAACUGAGUAGGAGUAGUGUGCAAUUUGAAAAUCUUGCUUUUGACAUGAUCCCCUCUUGUAUUUUAUCGGCAAUCUGAUUCACACCGGGUAUAUCAGCUAGACGGGAGUUGUAAACAGGAUCGACUUUACCAUUGCCGUGCGUUGUGGUGUACGCUCGGCCCAAGUCUAGGCAAACACAAACUUCCAGACAUCCCCAAGCCUAUCAUUAGACUCUCCCAGGCCACCAUGAACAAUGAUUGAAUUUGAAGCAGCAACGUCGGCAUCAAACCAACCCCUAGCCAGUGGGAGUUCACUGCCCUGCAGGUCUACCUGUUCCCACUUCUUAUUCUCAAUAUCAAAGCCCCAGGCAUCACCCAGCAUCUUUCCCGCGCCCUGGUGACCCAAUGAACUGGGGUCCCGCUCUCCGAACAAGGUAAUCAGGUAGGAUCGGUCAUUAACAGAAAUUGCCAAUAAGGCGCUCACACUUCGCGGCGAAGGGCCUUGCUUUCCAUCGGGGGUAUAGACGUGGGUUUCCCAAGAAUUAGUCUCCGGAGUAUAAAUGUCCAGGUUUCCACCCUGCUCAGUCUUCCCAUCGAAGCCAUUCAUGCGGUAUAGUUUUCCAUUCGCAAAGGUAAUAGAUGUACCACCACGAGGUGGAUCAAAGGCUGGAGCAAGUUCGGUCCAUUCUUUGCGUGGGACAUUAAACGCCCACAAGUCUGAUAGUCGUCCUGAUUCGGGACAUCCUGCAUGAAUGUAGAGUGUGUCUUUUCCGUUGCUGGUCAUGCAAUGAUAGCUGCGAGCAGCUGGGACUGCAGCCGACUUGGUUGUUGAUGGUUCGAUCAGACUCCAGGUCAAAGUAGAAGUGUCAUAUUCCCAGACCGCGCCUUGCUCUUCGAUCGGGGCCAUUGCGACACCCCCACGGCCAGAGAAAAGAUAUAUUUUUCCAUUGACAGUGGCAGAUGCUGUUCCGACACGAGCGGAGGGGGAUUGGGUAGAUUGGGGCUGCGAAGUUAUCGAGGCAGUGGCUAUGGAUUGAAUCUGUUAGCAUUGUUGAAAGUUGCG